UUCUGUUCUCAGGUUGAUUACUAACAGGAACCAUUUUACACCAUUCUGGGUAGCUUGCCUGCACAAAGUAGAGUGGCAGCUCCUGGGGAGAUAUGAAAGCUGUGGUUGGACUGUUGAUUGUGCUCCUGGAAGUAUCUCACGCAGCUGAAAAGUACUGUGAUGCCAGACAGACGGGAGCUCACUGCUAUGGCGCGUUGGGAGGAACUGUGGCCUUCAAGCUGAUGGAAGAGACCUCAGAAAAACACAGAUUCAAUUUGAAGAAGGAAGCAUCAAUGAAGAAUGAGUCAACCCAAAAUAUUCUUGUUGUCAAGAGCAAUACGCUUAUUUCCAAUACCAUGAGCAGCAGAUCUGUCUUUAUUCUUAAUAAAGGAACAUUCGAAAUCAAUAACCUGAGCAGAAGUGACAGUGGUAAAUAUAUGCUUGAGAUUUUUGAUUCAGAUGGGAAAAGAAAAGAAAAUAAGACUCUACAGCUGAAUGUUCAAGCUCCUGUGUCGUCUGUGCGUAUGAUCUUGGACUGUGUGGCUCAGGGGUUGUUAAAGGUGUCCUGUGUCUGUGAGGGUGGGGACGGUCCUCAGUACUCCUGGAUUCUGAAUGGACAACCAACCAGAGACACAGAGAUCCUGAGAAGAAAUCCUGUGAAUAACAUCAUUAUUCUGAAACAAAACAUGCCAGGAAACCUGACCUGCUCAGUUUGGAAUAACAUCAGCCAUGUCUCAAAAGGGGAGAGGAUAUCUCUUUGUGAAGAAAAAACUCAUGAAACUCAAUGUAACAUCCAAGAAGACGAAGCUAAGUGUUAUGGAGCUUUGGGAGGAACGGUGGUCAUUCAACUGAUGAACAACACUUCACAAACCCCCAAAUACGAAUGGAAAAAUAGAACAACAACAAUCCUAAGAGGGAGAUGGAACAGUUUUGCUCCAAAUGACACUGAGGGCAGAAAUAUCUUUAUUCCCCGGUAUGGUACAUUCAGCAUCAUGAAUCUCAGCAGAGCUGACAGUGGUGACUACUCUUUGGAAACGUUCGAUUCAGAUGGACGACAAAUAGAAAAGAGGAAUCUUCAGCUAAUUGUUGAAGCCCCUGUGUCCUCCAUCAAUAUAGUGUCUGAGUGUUUGUCUCAGGGACAGAUGAAGGUGUCCUGUCACUCAGAGGCAGGUGAUAGUCUGCAAUACAACUGGACUCUGGAUGGACACAUACUGACAAACUCAGAGUUAUUAGAAAAUGAGACUGACGUCAUUGUUCUGAGGCCGAAUAUCUCAGGACGUCUGGUCUGCUCAGUCUGGAAUCGGUUCAGUUCUCUCUCGACAGAGAAAACCAUAUCUACAUGUGGGUUCAUUUUCAUUAACUGCACUUACAAUGGGACGCAGAUAUCUGAGUGGGUGUUGGCAGAAGGUAACACCCUUUGUGUUGAAGCAGUUGCAUACAGUGUUGAAGGCUUGUUGGCAGUAUUGGCUGGUGUAUUCUUAGCACUGGUAUUUCUCUUAGUUCUUGGAAUACAAGUCAUCUGCACCCAUAAGAAAAAACAUACUUUCAAAGUGGAGAAAGACAACAGCGAACCUAUCUAUGCUGAAGUCAGGAUUGUGGCACAACAGGAGAGGCAAACAGAGGAAAGUGUGGAAGAAGAAGUGGAGGUCAAACAAGUGACCCUUUCAGAGAGGCAAACGGAGGAAAGUGUGGAAGAAGAAGUGGAGGUCAAACAAGUGACCCUUUCAGAACUUCCUCUGCAGGCGGAGGUAUCGGCAGUAGCUCCUAUCUAUGCACAAGUCCGUAAAGUUAGGUGACCUGAGUUACUGUGGUCUCCUUUACAAAGUGUACAUUAUUGAAAUCAGGUGGAUGGGACAAAGUAAGGAUGCCAGAAUGUCUCAAACUUUCAAUUAAUGUGGUUUACUUUUCAAAACGCAGUUAAGUUUGAUGCUUGUUUUACUUUUCUCAGCUUGUGGGGUUUGCCUAAGCUGAAAAUACACUAAGACAUUUUCUAGUCUGUUCACAAAACCUUUUAAUGUUUUAUGGCAUUUUUGUAAUCAGGCAAACAUUGGGAUCAUUUUUAUGCUCUACAUGUAUUUAAAAAUCCCUGCAAAAUUUGACUACAUGG